AUGGUUGGAACUUUGACAAAGCCGGUCAUAAAGAAGGAAGUUCCUAAACGUUCUCGGGCAUUCAGUACAAGAGCGAAGACGGGAUGCAAAACUUGCAAAGUCCGCCAUGUGAAAUGCGAUGAAGGAAGACCCGGAUGUAGGAAAUGUGCUGCAACAGGAAGACAAUGUGACGGCUAUGCACAUUGUACAUCCAGUCCAAAUUCUAAGCCUAGUACGAUAUCUUCUAUCGUCCCGAAGUCUCCUAGCCGUGGUACAUAUCAACUACCUCCAACUAUUACUGAUUUCCUUUCUCCGUCGCUAUCUGUUAGUGACCAGGAGCAACACUCUUUCCACUUCUUCCACACACAAACUGCACCUCAACUAGGCAGUUGCUUUGGUUCGAAAUUCUGGAGUCAUUUCAUUUUACAAGCCUCUCAUCGUGAGCCGGCAGUACGACAUGCAGCUAUUGCACUCGGUUCUUUACAUGAGAGGUUCGAGUUGGAGGAUAAAUUCAUUUGUAGGGUGAAGGACGACACCGAAGAGAAUUCUUUUGCUUUACGACAAUAUUCACUAACUGAUGAUGCGCUGAAGACUUUACGAGGGCAUCACGACUCUGCUAUCGCACACAUCGACGGUGGAGUAAAAAUACUCUCAGAACUGCAAUCAUCAGGAGAAUCAAUUGCUGUUUCGAAUGACGAUUUUCAUGAAGAUCACAUUCCAGUGUCGAUAUUUCGUAUGCUAUUCAGCCGACUGGAUACGCAGGCAUCGGUUUUAACAUCUAGAGCAAGCAUAAUCGACGGCAAAGUUGACUCAUCUCCGAACUUUGUCCACAACGAGUUCCUUAACGUUGAGGAAGCGCGCGAGGCGUUAGAAUCGGUUUGGACAUUCAGCGCGAGAAACCUACUUUCCUGUUCAAUGUACAAUGGCGUCCCUCUUCCCCUCCCUACCGACAAUGAAACCAAAACUUCGCUAUUAGCCCUCCUCGAGAGUUGGAAUCGAAGAUUUGAGUCAUAUUCACGUAUGACACGCGAGAGGGGUAUUAUUGAAUCGGUCAAUCCAAUGGAGAAGAGGGCAAUGAACCUUCUCCGUAUACACAAAACAAUGACACAAAUUAUGGUCACAACUUCUACGGAGUUCAAUGAACCGAGUGAUUUACUCUGGGACAAUUUUCAGUUGGAAUUUGAAGCGAUGGUGGGAUGGGCCGCCGAAAUCAUCCAUGCGCCAUCAGAUAUCCGAAGAGAAAGUCGCAAAACAGCAAUUUUUACACUAGACAAUGAAAUACUUCAGCCAUUGUUUUUGGUGGCCACAAAAUGUCGAUAUAGACGCAUAAGAAACAGAGCUAUCUUAUUACUGAAACAGGCCGAUAGACAGGAAGGUUUGUGGAAUAGUCUUCUGAGCGCAAGAGUAGCCGAGAGGAUUCGAGACAUCGAAGAAGCUGGUUUGGAAGAAAUAAUAGAGAUAGUUCCAGAAACAACCCGCCUAUGGAACAUCAACAUAAAAUUCGAAUUUGAGGGCUGUCACGGAAGACGAGCAUGGCUUGCAUUUCGGUCUGAUAGGUCCAUCUCCGCGCAUGAAGGUGGAGAAUGGAUUCAACUGUACGAGGGCGAUAAUUCGUCCGAGACUUUCAGAACACCGGAUGAGUGGAAGGAGUCAUCUAUUCAGGGUCAUAAUAUUUCGGACUUGGAAAACAUUAGCAGAGAGCCAUCUUUCGAAUCUGAAUGGAAAGGUAGUAACAAAUCAGAAUCGUCUUGA